AUGUUAGAGACCGUGUAUGCUCAUGAAUUAUUACCGAUCGUCAGCGUACAUGGUUCCAGUUUUCUUGAGGCCGAGGGUGAAGAUCUCGAAAUUCCCGAGACAUCCAGCGCGUAUACCAUUAAAGACACAUCCUCCCAGAAUCGCUGUAACGUAGACAAUUUGACUGAUAGAGAAGACGACGAUGACGACCUUCCGUCACUUCGUGAUAUCUUAGACGGGGGUUGGAAACGAAACCCUGAUUUCAUUGACCUCACAACGGAGGACGACAUUGACCCCAACCUCUCCGUCCCCCGGUUCCCAGCCCCAGUUGUUGGCAUUGGUCAAAUGCCGGGGUCGCCUACCCUGUCCUCUACGAUCGCUCUACCACCGCUCGCGCCAUCCACACGACCAUUAAGCUCUUCUACGAGCAUGGAAAAUGCAACUCCUUCAGUAUUACAGACACCUAAAGAGAGGCUGUUUAAGAACAUACCGCAAUGGUCGGCUUUUCAAGACAGACCUUUACAAACUUCAGUCAGAAAAUCAGGGCUUCAUGGCUGGGACGCUGCUGGAUCGAUCAUCGACCCAGUGAGUGGUUCAGAUAGCGACAGCGGCGUUGACGGGGUGGCCAUGCAGCGACAGGUAUCCCUUCUUCACGAGGACAGCGAUGCAGCUGGCAAAGUCUGUCGCGUGGGACCUUCUACACACCCUACAAUAACCGAGGACACUACUGUAGGCAGAUCGGCAUUCGACGACAUACUGCACCUCCUCUACAUUGACGGCACGUCAGCCGGUAAAUGCGACAAGGGUACGUUGGAUUCUCAGGACAUUUUGCUGCUCAACAGCACCCAAGAUAGACACGGCGGCAUGUUUGGGGAGAUUGAACGCGGGAAAAGCCUCUGUAAGUUAGCCAACGAAGCCUGGGGAGGCAAGGUCAAGGGCUUUAUCCGCAUGGAAGCAGGCUUUGAGAUCAUUCUAUGCUCAUUCAAAAACAAUCUUGACUUCGUCAGCGCAGCCCGUGCUGGGCUCAUUGGUCCAGUCGGAACAGAUCCCGAUUCAGAUGAUCACGAAUUCCUCAGUAGUAUGAAAUGGAUCAAAGCCGUUGCCGCACGGUACGACAGUAUCGGUGGUGGAAGAGUGAAACUCGACUACGAAAACUUUGUCACAUGCUAUGCGUACGACCUCGACCUGUUCAAAGACGAGAAUAGUCUCCCUAGGCUUACAAAUCUGUCGACUGCGUCGCUUGACAAGAUCCGUCACGACGUCGAUUCCAUGGUAUUGCACUGGAAGCUUCCCACGCGCGACUCAGGCGCAAUCGACUGGCAGAGUGUCGCAGAUAUGGUCAUCGAACGAUACGGCAAAGCAUUGCAAUUCUUAGUCUCGGGCGCCCUGAACACACCGGACGCAUUUUUCCAAGAGCUGAGCGUUCUUUUGCAGGUCUUUGUUGACUCGGAUAAUCGCAACAUGACCGCAGAGAUGGAACGGUGUGUCAGACAAUUCGUUCCUACCACAGCCGAUGUUUCCGCAUCCGUUGCGGCUCGCGCUAUUACUUCAGUCACGCAUGACAUUUGCUCUAGUCUAAUCACUGCCUUUGACGUCAAGGUCGCGGUUGCAGAGUCCGUGGAGAACUUGCGACAACUGAUGCAUUAUCUUGGGUGGAGUAUUUGGAAAAAGUGCGGUGAUUGUCCUCUGGACGAGAUUUGCUUCAUUCCCAUGUGGCCGUUUGGUGCCGUGGAGGAUUUUGAACAUCCUCAGUGUCGAAGUGCAAAAAAUGUCAACGGGCGCAUGGGUUAUUGGGGUCAACCUGCAUUUGGUCCUCCCCGCAAGGGAUAUGGCUAUGAACUUCCACAGACAGAAGUUGUAUGA